AUUUCCACUCACAUUUAUCAUAUCAAAAUGGCGGAUUGCGGCGGGUUUGGGAGCAUCGAUUUUCUUGUUAAAGCAACUGGAUUAUCCGAUCCCGGACUCCGAUUAGUCAUUGGACUCUUUUCAGGUACGUUAUUGCUGUGCUAUAAUUUAGUUAUUUUUUUUAUUAAAGUUAAGGGUUAAAAAUAGAGUCACUUUUCUUCCCUUAAAAAGUGGUACGAUCAACUGGUCACCUUGGACGACCUUCAUUAUGAAAGAUCAGGCUGACCGAAUUAAUUUCUCAGUCUGAAAACUAAUUGAGCCGAAGGUUCUUUAUAUUAAAAAAAGGAAAAGUACUGCUUGCUUGCUUUCAUACUUUGAGUUUUAUCCUUGUUGUACAAUUCUUUGAAUUAAACUUUUUCAUGACAAGGCGGGUAAAUUGUGCAUGUAUAUGUUAACUGCUGUUCUGGGUUGUAUUUGUCGAUCGUGCCGGCAUUUGUUCUGCUCACCUGCAUCUGUAUAACCACGAAAGCAAACAGAUUUAUUUUUUGGCCGUUUUAACACAAAUGUAUCUCUGUAUCAUAGAGUAUCAUGUGAUCAUAACGUGAUGUAUAGAAGGUGUAUUUAUAAUUUUUGUCAGAUCAGUUUUGCUUUAGAAGCUAUUAAAGCCAGUAUUAUUAACUGUUUUAUGGUUUGUUUGAUAUGAUCAUUCAGCUCAGCUUUAAUACUCUAGUUCUCUAUCUCCAGUCAUUUAUAGCGUGGUUUAAUUUGAACAAGGCAAUGUGGUUUUACCUUUUGACCCUUUAAGCUCCAAAAUCAAGAGUGAUCGGCAUCAAAUUUCUCCUCGUAAUAUCAAUGCUUUGUUAAACAGAGUGGUCAUGAGAAUUACUGGCAUGAUCACACAAGAUGAAUUUACUUGAUAUUUUAUCAACUUCUCCCACUACUUCACUACUACUCUAUCACAAUUUCUCUUUUUGUACUAAUUUUUUUACAGCGUAUCCACUGGCAUUUUUUUAUCAUGCAUUCUUCUACAGGAAAAACCCAGUUCUUCAGGUAACUAUAAUCAUGAAUGAAUGAAUGAAUGAAAGAAGAGAGUGAAUGAAGAGUCGUGGAUGAGAGGACAACAUACGUACCCUCUUACAAUAAUUUUAACAUGUGAACUGUAGGCUCGGACGUCAGCAUACAAAGGCGCCACUGGCAGCUGCUCUCAGUCCAUUUAUGAGCUUACUGUACCCACCCAACCCAUGAUGUGAAUGAUGUGAUGUGUCAUGAUCAAGGUUCAUUCACAUGUAUUGCCAAUGAAUACAGUUGAACCUGUUGUUAAAGCAAGAGUAACCAACAUCAGUUUUCUCCUAAAAUAUCUAUAGAUAUUCAAGAGAAAAUUCAUGACAAUUAAUUGAUUGGAGAAGGGGGAAAUGUUUGUUGUUUUUGUUCUCAACUACUGGUAUUCUUCAAGGAAAUAUAUGGAGAUGAAUCUUGAGAAAAUACCAAUUUGAUCAUACUUGGUUAUGUUACUGGUCAAAAUUAAAUUCAGGUUCAAACUUUUUAACCAAGGUUGAUUCUCAGUUUCCAUGGCCUUCUAGCCCUAAUUCAUGUAUAAUUAGGGCUAGGAGACAAAAGAAAUUGAAAAUCAGCCCAGAUUAAAACAUUUUAACCUGAAUUUAAUUUUGACCUGAAACAGCAACAAGGCUUGGGGGAAUAAAACAAAAAAAAUGUCCGAUGACAGAUUUUUCCUUGUUUUCGGCAAAUAUAGGUAUAUUUUUAGGUAUAUUUCGGUAUAUAUAGUUUUAUAUCUGCAAGUUUGAAGUCAAUCAUGACCAUACAACUCUCUGCACAAAAUGCUGGUCAAAUUUCACCUUAAAAAAGAAAAUGCUAUGCUAACACAUUCGUGAAAGUUAACGCCAAACAAAUAGAGGAAGAGUGCCGAUGGACUUUUCCUAUCUGAAAGGGUAUUCUUACCUAAAGUGUUAUUGCAAGAAACUGAGUAAUUAGAACCCACUGAGAAUACAGUUAGCACCACAAGAAGAACAACUUUAUGCUUAAUGCAGGACGAGGAUAAAGACUGAGAUUAUUAUUAAUACCAAGCUAUUUCUGCUUUCAGCAUGUGUAUUUUACCCUUUGUGGGUUGGGUGUAGCUGCUUUCUGUUAUGGUAAGUGUGUAAAGUGUAGCGAAAAUGUAUCACUUGUAAGGUAUAAGUUAUUCUCUCAUACAAAAUGAACUUAAUGAAUUGAAGUUAAAUUGUUUCAACUUAGUUUAAUUCUCAAUUUUCUAUGUCUUCUAACCCUAAAAUAAAUAAUAAAUUCAUUUGCCUUCUGAUAAGUUGUGAAAAAUGUUUGUUAAAUGUGUGGAAUUUCCUUGAGUUCACAUUAAGGAGAAAAAAGUUAAUAUCAUGCAGAAAAUUAUGCAAUUUCUCCACAUUUAUUUUCCUUACAGCACUAUUCACAUCAACCGUCAAUGAAUUUCUCUACAAAUUGCAUGAUCACAAACUGUGUGUAAAACACUGAAUUUUCUUUUCAUAUUAUGCUAAGUGCAGUAUUGAUAUGCUGUCAUAUUCACAAUGUUUUUUUUUCAAGGCUGGUGUUUUGCACACUCCUUAAUAGCCAUCGUCGUUUCGUACUUACUUUUGCAAAUUGUUGGACCAUCAAUGGUUACAGUUGGGCUCACAUUUUUAUUUAACAUGGUAAGUGUUGUCCAUGGUCAUUUUAAGGGUCACAGGCUUCCCAAGGGCACACAUUUAAAUUUCAGGGCCAGGUUGUUUAAAGGACAGUUACGGUAGGGCUAAUACAGGGCUGGUAUUAACCAUGUUAAUUGAUAUGUUCUGUUACUGUUACCGGAUUGGAGCAAACAGGGCUUUAAACGUCUUGGCACAGAACAUUGCUGUGAACUGUAAACACUUAUCGUAUUAGAGGAUCUGAUUUGUGGGUUGCGCGUACUUGGUGUGUUUACUCUUAGGGGUGUAAACAAACCAACUAUGGAUCAUGUGAACUAUUUUACAAUUGCUAAAAACUAUGCUAAAAAGAAAGCUCUGCUUGCAGGCUAGUAUUCACAGGGUUUGCAAAUUUUAUUGAUGAGUGGAGUCACUGUGGCUUCUGCUUCACAAAUUUUGGAGUCAUUUUGGAAUAUUUGGAGUCAAGUAUCACAAUGAAAAAAGCCAUUUUCAGACUUUCCAGCAAGUGGUCCUGGCAUGUAUACACUAUCAUGAGGGAUACACGAAGUAGCUGUGGCGGUCCGCUGACCUGGAAAGCUCUAAUCAAUGAUGGCGGUCAUUGAGUAAACUUAUGAACCUAUCAAUGUAAACCCCAUGGGGGAGGGGGGGGGAGUGUCGGCAGGGGGUGGGGAUUUGACAAAUUUUAAAAUUUUUUGAUCAAAUUCCCCAGGAUGGGAAACCAAAGGUCAAUCAAAAGUGUCAAAAAAGCCCCCACCCUGGGGGAAAAAUCUAAACAAACAAUACUAUAAUACUAUAUAAAACUAGGGUAUCUAAAAGAUAGUAAUGCUGCGGCACAUUCUGUUGAUACUGGCAUUAGUUAGGCAGUGAGACUUAAAAGAAUCGGAGACAUUGAAUGUCCUAUUUACAUGUUGGAAAGUACUAGAAUAUUUACUAUCAGUCUGUAGAAAGAACUCGUGGAAACGUUGUUUAGAAAAUGAUCAAGUGGUUAUAACUCUGGUUUUCCCACAGUAAAUUGUAGGAAAUAAUAGAAAUUCAGAUUGUUUAUCCAUAUAUUUAAUAUACGGUGCACGAUAUUUUCUCUGGAAACACAAUACUUUUCUUGCUGUUUGUUGCACUUUAUUAAGUGACAGUUAUUUAGCUAUAUAUUUAUAGAAAACAACAACACAAAAAACGGAAAAAAAAAGAAAGAAGGAAUAAAGAAUUUGGUAGGAUCGAACACUGCACCUUCGGCUCGAUGCGACUACACCUAACCACUACACCACAGAGGGUGAUUACGUAAUUUUGUAGGAAAAGUCUUGAUUUUAUUAUUUUAUUCCUUUUCCAUGAAACUUCCGCCGGCAAGAUGAUCGCCAGCCGCAUUAACCGAGCUAUUAACAGUGGAAAAACAAUGUAAACGCAUAUUCCAUGGCAAUGAAUGAAUGAAAGAACAUAAUUAUGCUUUUCAAAACGCCGAUACACGUCCUCGUCUGCAAAGUAGGACACAAAACAUAUGUUUUGUGAUCUCGAUUUCCGCUGUUAUUUUGAAGCGAAUGGUCAAAAUCACAUCCAUUUUCGGCUCAUACAGUUUCUUAAGAAUAGCACUGCAUGACAUUUUCUCACUUUCACAUCACCUUCUAGCAAGCUGGAAUUUGUAUAUCCCCCGUAUUGCGGAGUCAAAGAGCAAAUGCUCAUCUUCUCGUCAGGUUUAACACCUGGACGAGUCAAAGGCUCUUGAAUUGAAAUCCAAUCCCCAAGUUAACCAUUGGACUCAUCUGAAAGACUCCUGUGUGUCUUAAAAUUUGGUAAGACCUCUAACCGUGCUGUAGAAAAUUUGCCACAAAGAAAACUAGGUCUAAGGUCUAAGUCUAAGUCUGAGCAGCGAACGAUGUACUCUCUCACCCACCGAACUUCCCCGUGUUUUUCUUUGAGUUGUUCCUGGCGCAAUGCACUCUGGUUAAAUGCAAUGCAUUGUGGUAAAAAGUGAUGAAUUCGAGAAUUCGUCGCCCCUUAUAUAUUUCCUUUAAAUCCUGAUUAUGUUGCUGCUCGCUCCCUUCGGUCGCUCCGCAGCAAUGAAUGAAAGAACAUUUCAAAAGUACGUUAUUAAUACUUUUAUUUAAGGUUAACGUAAGCUCCGUUAAAUUACUCGCUGCAAUUAAGUAUUUUCUCUCUCCACUAGCACAACAUAAUCACUCCAGGAAGAUUGACCGUGCUAUUAUAUUAUUGAAACGUAAAAUGCUUUGUAACAUCGGCUCAACAUGUCGGAACAGGUCGGAUCAGUGACCUGUAAGAAAUCCUCUGACUUUCAUGGUAGAAUUAGAUUUCAAUCGAGGUUUACAAUCAGAUGGGAACUUGAAGAUAAAAACUUUCUCAAAAUAGACAUUAUCUCUUUAGAUGACAGUGUACAUGUAAAGUAUCGGAUUAUGGCGAUUAAAACAAAUGAAAACUUCAUAACUUUCUCCAACAGCGUGACUUUCAGAAAGCCUCGAGGGACGGACUUGGUUACCGCUUCUGAAUUGAUACCAGGCUUCUAUCGCUCAAAGUCAAAUGUCCCGACCCCGGGGUCGCUUUGCACGAUCAAAAGCCCGACAGGGGAAUAGUCUCAGGCAUCAAAUCCCCACCCUUGUCCGCACUCCUCCCCCCACGGGAUUUACAUGGAUAGGUGCAUUAGAUCAUAAUUUACCCUCUUCCUGUUUUGUCAUGCAUUAUAAUUCUUUAAUUUUGAUGAUUUAAGUAAGGUUUACAACGUUUACAAUUAACGUAACUUGUAUUUGUUGCGAAAAAGGUUGGGACAAAACUGUGUUUGUUUCCGAAAAUUUCUGGAGUCAAAGUGACUCCCUCUGUAACCCCUGUGGAGUCAUCUGAACAAUUUUGGCCUAAAACACGCCAAAUUUGGCGUAUUUGCAAACACUGUAUUCAGCUGCUACAAAUUAAGUUGAUUUACAGUGCCAUUUUUUACUGCUCCCUCUCUUUAGACUGUAUUUGAGAAACUGGCCAGAAAUUAUGCAACUAUAGCCAACGGUUAACUCCUGUACCUUUAGCCAAAAAUGUCAUUUUUGGUUUGUUGUGUUUGCAUGACUUAUUAAUAACUUUUUUUACAUGUUCUUCCUCUUACAGGGAUAUUUGUUGACAAGUUAUGCAUACUAUGCGUCAGGAGAUUAUGAUGUGAACUGGACCACACCACAGUGUAUUCUGACAUUGAGGCUUAUAAGUAAGUUGUAAAUAAAUGUUUAGAAACUUUAAAUCUGGCUGUUAGUACAUGCCCAGUCCCUGGUGGGGAGGGAAAAUUAACCCUUUUUCUUCUUGAUUUCAAUGAAACUGCUGGCUUUAGGGUUGAGUUGUAUGCGGCAUCAGGGUGGUUUGCUGUUAUGGUGCCAAUAGUCAAAGGCCAUGGUUGUUCACCCGUUCAAAAAAUUUCCAAGAAGUUUGGAUGAAAAGCAAAUGAAACAUUAAUCUUUGGCCCAUUCUAGUGGAAAAAUUUUUUAAAGAUAUGGAAACAACAUCUGAAAGAUAUUUAAUAAUUUUGUUGUUUUUAUGCAUUUAGGUGUGGCCUGGGACUACUAUGAUGGUAACCAAGACCAGGUACUGUAAAAAAAACUGGAAAGUUUUAUGUCUCUUGAACUUACAAGUCAUGCAACUAAUAUCAUAUAACUGUACAUGAUGUUAUUAAAUGUUAAUUGUGGCAUAUGCUAUACCAUCAACUUACAAAAUACAACAUAAAAAAUAUUGUGCACUGGAAAGGUUUAUGUACCUUGAACUUAAAUAUAUUAAUAAUAAUUAUUAAUAUGUUAUGGUAAUAAAUUAAUAAUUAUUAUUAAUAUGUAAUAAAAUUAUAUUUAUACCAAAAAUUAAUUCUUAAUUUUUGGUACAUCUAAUACCAUCAACUGACGAGAUACAACUCACUUUGACUCUGAAGAUGACUACCACACAGGUUGUUGAAAUAUCAGUCACUGUCAACAACAGCCCUAUUCAUGACUACCCUCACGCGGACGAUACAUAUUUUACAUUCUUAUAGUACGUUGUAUUGUAAAGAGUGUAGUAGAGUUAAUAGUAAAAUGAAUUGUUUUUUUAACUCUCGUAGGAGAAAUUGUCUGCAGAUUUUAAGACCACUGCCAUUGCAACACCUCCCACCCUUCUACAGGUAACACACUCCACAUGUUAUUUUUUUUAAUGUUGAGUUCUCAAUGUGACAGCCAGGUUAGAGGUACUUUCAAUUUCAAGAGUGUUGCACAGUCACGCAUCCUGUAGGCCUCUUGGAAUAGAAAAAUUCAUGAUCUGGUCUUUUUUCUGGUCAGAUAACCGAAUUCUUUAGUAUACAUGUAGUUCAUAAUAAUAUUUUUCUUAAGUAGGUUGAGCAUGAUUAUCCAGGGGAACGUAGUCCUGAAUAGGACUGUUGUUGACAGUGACUGUUCACCUGGAUGAUCAUGCUCAACCUGCUUAUGAAAUGACUUCUCGGCUCAAAACUUUCAGAAGAAUUAUUAUUCUGUUUUCAAAAGUCCAGCUACUAUGAUAGAAACCUCAACGUGUUUUUUGAAGAAUUUUGAUUCCAUUGAAUUUAAAAGUUUUAUAAUUUCGGCCUACUUAUUUAUGCCUGGAUUAGGAGAUUUGUAGUGAACUUAAUGCUGUUUUCGUUCCUUUUUCAGAUGCUUGGUCUUUCUUAUUUUUAUGGUGGAUUUUUAGUUGGCCCUCAGGUAAUUUCAUGCCAUGUAAUAACACAAACAGGGAAUUUAAUUUUCAAGGGUCUGUAUCUACACUGCGAGCCGUCUCUCUUUUCCCUCUGAUUUAGGAGAUCAUGUGCGCGCAGGCUUGGAGCAGCGAGGCGCAAGAAACGAGGUGUCUCUGCCAUCUCGCACCUUCAGUCACAUGCGUGGUCAUUUGCGUGUUUCGUGCAUUUUGCUGGAUGGACUAAGAAUAAGAGAGACUGCUCAUAGUCUAGUGUAGCUGUGUCUAACUUAAACUGUACUUGAAUAAAACCAAAACCUGUGCUAAGACCGUUUUCAUGUGAUGUCAUGGCGGCCAUAUUGGUGUACAAAACAAUGAAAUGGCAGCCAUGUUGGUGUCCCAAACUACGUUCUAUAGUGCCGGGAAAUUUGCACAGAUGUUGGCCACUUGAGGAAUAAUAUCUUCACACAUUUUUGCAUGUUGCAAUUAACACAUCAACACAAAACAUGGAAAACUAUCAACAAGCUGACUACGGAAAUCAAAGAGAACCAUCAUAGAGGAAGGGGAAUACAACUGGCAGAAAGCCAAGCAGUUGAAGCAGGAAUAAUGUUUCUUCCCUUUAUCAUAGAAAUUAGGCUCAACUUAUUAUAUCUCCAUCGAGGAUUUUUUUUAAGGUGAAACUCUUCAUUUUUUGUAAAAAAAAUUAGUGACUUCGAUACCAAAUUUGUCGCGGUAUUUACAGACCAGGAUGUAGUAUAAUGUCAAGCUGGUCUCAUCUGCGUAACUAAAUUUGCCCUAGAAGACAAAGGAAAUUGAGAAUCAACCUAGGUUAAAUGAAACUUUAACUGAAAUCAAAUUUGACCUGUAACAUAUACAUAGUUUUUUGAAUGUAGACUCUAAAUGGGUAGGUGUAAAAAUUCCAGGGUUGCUUUUAGCCUUGAGAUGGAAUGAACUUCACCUGUAACAGUACCGUGAUCCAGCAAUGUUCAGUGCUGAAUAAGAAAAGGUUUUUAACAAUCGGAAUAAGUGGAAGCAAAUUAAUAUCAAUUUAUGUAUUUGUUUAAAAUUCCUUGGGAGUCGUUUGUUGUCGAGAGGUGUUUUGAGUAUGCCUUUUUUCCUUAUACAGUAUGUGUUACUUCUCUUGCAGUUUCAAAUCAAGGCAUACCUGUCAUUUGUAGAUGGAACACUGGUGGACAAAAAGGACGACAACAAUUCACGGUAACGGUACCUUAACAUGAAGGAACUUGAACCAUACAUUUUCCAAAGGAAAAAUGGGUUGAAUCGACAGAGUUGAUAUUAAACACUGAAACAAUUAAGUGAUUUGAUAUAUAACCCAUGAAGAAAAAGCUUUACGUGCUAUGCGUCUAAAGCCCCAUUUACACCAAAGCUUGAUUGUUAUUUACAAGUACUUUCUUCACUAAGUUUGAGUUCCAUGGCCAAUAAGGACGCUUAAUUGGCAAUAUUGAAAAAUAAACUAGACAACCGCGACACAGACCUUUUGAUUUGUACUUAAACGCAUCUAAGCUUUUGUUUUUCCCUUUAUCUCGUAGGGUGUCAGAAGGUUUAAAGCGCAUGUUUCUUGGUGUAAUGUACCUUGGUCUCUAUGCUGCAUUUGAACCAUACCUAUCAGUCACUAAUCUUUUAUCAGACGACUUCCAGGUCAGUUUUAAAACUCAAUCGUGUCACGUUUUAAGGGUGUCACAACAGUGUGAUUUUGACACGAGUGCCAUUUUGUAAUAAGUUGUACUUGUCCCCUUGACAAGUUGUAACAAUCCACAGGAUAUAGUUACGAAAAAGUGUACCUGUGAUCUACGUAAAAUCUGUUCCCAGGUUAAAAGCUAAUUGUUCAACCGCAUGUGCAAAAACCAGGAAUAGAGAUCAGCAACCAUGAACACGUCAAAUGAAUAAAACAAAUAGAAAGAACAUUUAGUUUUUGUAGAUAAGGGUAAGGUAUAUUUGCCUCUUUAAUUUUAAUAAUUCCCAGUUUACUAGGUUUUCCAGGCUGAUCCAGUGUCUUUUCCGAGUGUUCCGAGUGUUCCGAGCUGUUCCGAGUGUUCCGAGCUGUUCGGGUUUUUAGAAAUAGUACAUGCCCUAUUCAUCCUAUCCAUGAUCCUAUUUAAGUUGGCUUUUUGUGAUGGUUUCAACACUGGUAACGUAGGUCUAACACUGGUUUAAACUGAGAACAAAUUUAGCGUACAAUACGGUCAGUUUACGGCUUUGGUAUUUGGUCUUACUGACCAUGGCAUCUACUUUAUUUUUAUUUAUUUAUUUUAUUAUAUUUUAUUUAAUUUUAAACAAUAUGUAGUGAGGGGUGCCCAGGUUAGCGUGGCUGGUUUGAAUGGAGCGCUGAUGAAAAAGAAAAAAACAGCAACACACAAGACAAAUAAAGAUAAAAAAAUGGUACAAACAAAAGUAAGGGAGGCUCAUACGACAGCGCUAUAGUUGAGUACUGGAAAUAUCAUGGCGUUAUUAAGUGUUAAACACGACUCACGCGGAAUGACCUUGCACGCUUUAGGAAGCAUGCCGAGCUUCGCCGAUAUUUUGCGCCAGACGAUGUAGUCUGUGGUCACCCCACGAGAAGUGGAGUGACGUAGUAAGCAGGGCUCAAAAAUUGUUCCGUCCGGUAGUCCUUGACAAGUACAUUCCCUGCUGGGUUGGUAACCUUUAAAGAUUACUUGCCGAAUGCCAUAGUGUCCAGUCAAGUCAUUCUUUAACAAACUCAUUAACUAAGAAGAUCAAGAAGCGACUUCGGGUGAGCAAAUUGUGAGGGCUGCUAGUCCAAAGGACAAUCUGGGAUUCAAUUUUUUUCCGAGCCCUGCUUAGCUUAUAGAUAUACAAUACUAUUACGCUGAAUAUCCUUCAUUAAAAUUAUGAGUUAGUCCUUAUGUACCGUGCCGCGUGUUUAAUCUUGAGCACUGCUUUGUUGUCCGCAGAGGUUCUCAUUGCUUGGUAAAGCUUGGUUCGUUAUAUUCUUCAGCAAACUAGCUCUUAUGAAGUAUUUGGCUGUAUGGUGCCUCUCGGUAAGUAAAAUUCUCUUUUUCCAAAUAAUUUUUUUGCGCACUUACUCUGUUCGUGCUAAAGUGUGUGUCAAAAGAAUUUCUGUUUGUUACUAUGCUAAUUAUUCGAGACUGGAAACUCUUUCAAUACCUUCGCUUAAUUGUUACUUAAUACAACCCUUUUUCCCGCGUAACUUUGUGCUCUCGGACGUCAUUAUCAAGUAAAAGAAAAUAGAAUUUGAAUGUCCUGUAAAUACAAGGAAAAAAAAAAACAGUGGGUCAUAAAAAAGGGACAUAUUUAAAUAUGUUACAAGUUAAACAAAGAGUUUCUUGUAUUUCAGUAUAGAACAUUCAUAUUCUAUUUUCGUUUGAUUUGAUAAUGACAUCGGAGAGCGCCGAAACGUCGUAAACUUUGUCCAAAAAGUAGGUGCAAAAAGUAGAUGUUUCCUGACCUCUUUUCGGCAGGAGCUCCUGUGGUUCGAUUCUCCUAAGCGACCUCCUGCCCCUGGGCAUGCGUAAGGUUGGCAAAACGUCGUCCAGCCUUCGUCGACGACGAAAUUCAGGGAGGUUUGCCCUACCAUUUAAUUUUCACAUUUUGGGUGGUGUCUUAAGGGAGGUUCGACUGUAUUUUCUAAACCAUGCAUGUAGUUAAUGGCGAAGUGUCCCUCCAACAGUUACUUUUUUAAUUUCAGUUAUUUCAAAGUACAACAAUCACAAUAAAAUAGUGUAUCGUAUGUAUGUGUGCACAUGACUCAUGUGUGGAAUGACACAUGCAAUUGUACAGUCACUACAUCAGCUUAUUCUAAUGCUAUGUCUAUAGUAUUUGACAAGUGCUGUUGUGCUUUUCUAAAAAAGAGAAGAAAAUGAAUACAUUACUAUGAAGUCCAAAGUCCAUAAUUUUUGUAAAAAAAGAAAAUAAAUUAGAUUUCAAGAUUUGACAAGUGGACUGUGUAAUCUAAUUCAUUUUCUCCAACAGGUACUUUCCUUCACACAGGUCCUACGACCUUAAGACACCCACGUUGCUUACAAACUACAACAUGGCUUCUAUCUGACAGAAGGUUUUUUUUGUUGUUUCUUAGGAAGGAAGUUGCAUUAUAUCAGGACUAAGUUACAACGGUCGGACAAAAGACGGUAAAGUGAUGUGGGAUGGACUUAGAAAUAUCAAGGUUUCGGUUUAUGAGACUAUGUAUACUUUCCAGGUGAGUUGUGGUACUUUCUUUGGAUCGCUUUGCGCUUGCGCCUCUUUCAGCGGUCAGCGGUCAGGCAAGAUGGCGUGUGUGGUGUGCGGUACCUGACUCUUUAGCAUAAUCAUUUUUUAAUAACCUGAGUAAGGCUGUCCUAUCUUUUUAGCCCUCAAUGGUUAUUAUGGGCAACCUGUACUCUCUCCAUAUUUUGUCUAUUUUUUUUUUGUUUCAUGUAAAUCAUUGUAGGGUACAAAUAAAGUUGUUUUUGUUGUUGUUUUCUUAAUUUAUGGUAAAGACCGAGCAAUUGGUCAAUAAAGGAUGGCCAAUGAAGAAAAUGUUUCCUUGUAAAGGAGGGGAAAUACCGAGCGAGCAAGAUGGGCCCAUCUUGCACUUUUGCGUAGUCAGUCAGAACACUUGAUGCGCUUCAUCUUACCCGAUUGGGGAACCAGACCAAUAAGUACAGAAAAGAUCACUUCAUAGCGCUGAUACUCGUUGUUUUACUUUUCAGCAAUGUAUCGAUUCCUUCAACAUCAAUACAAAUAAAUGGGUAUUCAGGUUUGUAGAUAAUUUUUACUCAUAUGCGUUUAUCCUUCCGGUGCAAAGAAGUAACAGCCUGGUUUACUUAAAUGUGUUUCCGAGGUUUGUCAGUUGCAUUUUCACGUCUUUGUCACAAAAACAGUGAGGAAAUACCCUUCUACCUACUAGUAAACACCGACAAGCCAAAUUUCGUCGCUUUCUUUUAUUUUUUGGUACAACUGCUUCAUUUGUUGCUAAAAUGUCGUCUUCUGAAACUGUCGCGAAAGAGGAAGCCAUAUUGAAUCCCGUCCCAAAUCCAUGGAUAUCUUCGUUAUACUGAUGUUCCACUCAGCUGCUUCAGUAUUAGAAAUGGUCUUUGCAAAAUGAAUCUUUUCUUUUGCAUUUCGUUUCAAAUUAAAAAAGAGCACCUUUUUGGCAAAUUCUCAGUCUGAUAAAACUGUUUUGACUCUAUUGUAGAUACGUCUUCAAACGACUUCGUUUCCUCGGGAACAAGAAUCUGUCUCACUUCUUGACGCUAAUGUUCCUUGCAGUUUGGCAUGGAUUAUUUGUGGGAUAUUUUAUCUGCUUCUUUUUAGAAUUUGUCAUCAUCUUGAUGGAGAAACAGGUUAGACUUUCAUCUACGCGUAAAUGAUCCUUUUUGAGGUUCAGUUUUUCAACUACAGCCUAAGCUCUCUCCACACAGUCCGCCAUAUGUAUGAGCAAAAUUUUCAAUAGUCCCUUUUCGUGAUAAAAAAUUACCGCUGAGUACAAACAUUAAUUACUCAUUGAUAGAGGGUUAGCCCCGACCUCAAAUAAAAUAUUUGCGUGACCGACAGGAAGGUGUCUUUACAUCGAAAAUAAAUAAUAGACUGAGUUGUAAGAUGGUCCUCAUCUCGCUGGAAUUUGUGAAUAUAUUUACUUCAGGUAGAGGCUAACCCUGUUCAAAAGUGUCUCCAGUGCUUUCAUUCAACUGUCAUGGGGAACUCGAAGCUGGACUAUUAGCAGUUUAAUAAGAAAAUCAAUGCACUUUGCUGUUUACUUAUUAUCGAUGAUGUUCUACCCCUUUCUUUACCAGGUAACCAACAUGUGUUACACAGUGGCCCAGAAGCCUUUAGCAGCGACGCCUGCAUUCGUCAAAAUCCCUGUUAUUGCAGGGUAUUGGUUCAUUAUGAUGUUUGGUCUUGGAUACUGUAAUGUGGCUUUUAAUUUGCUUAGCUUUCAACGAUUCCAUCGGGUAAGAAAACUCUAAGUCUGCGAAUACAGCUGUCUAUACAUGCUCCGCCCCGCUAGAGACGCUUCGUUCUUAGCGGUGAAGAGCGAAGAUAUACGGUUGUAUUUGCUGGCUGUAAAACCCUUUAAUUUCUAUUUUUGAAAGUACGAGGCUGAGAAAGUUCUGUGAUUAGAAAGUUGCUGAAUGAUGUUGAAUUACAGUAAUUAGAUCAACUUGUAAAACCUUCUCUGCCAUUUAAAGUAAGGUAAGAUCUUGUGGGCCAGGCCGAGGAAACUUCCAAAUUUUCAAACAAUUAAUAAUUGCACAAAAUUUAUAUGAAGGUAUGGCUGUGGCAGUUGUAAUCGCAAUUUUCGCAAUAGCAAAUAAACCCGUCAGAAACCUUCAGGGCUUCAACGGGAUUCGAACCUAUGGCCUCUGCGAUAGCGCUGCAGUGCUCUACCAACUGAGCUACGAAGACCCAUACAUUGGAAACAGGCCAAUUUGUUGUGUUCAUCUUAACCUGGGAAAAGAAUGAAACAUAGAAUGAAGAUGAUGUGUAUUCCCACAUUUCCAUCAUCUUCUUUCCACUUAGAAAAUUACUAAGAAAACCGAACGGAUGUUUAAUGAUAUAAUUCAUUUAGAAUCACGGAAUGUUAGUCUUGUCAUUUUAGUUGGUGGUUAUAAGAGGUAAUGUAGCUCUUUUAACCUCUGUAUCGCAUCCAGUCUCGCGCCACAGCCAAUACACAACUUUAAGAUUAAAAAAAGUGCCAUGAGCUGAACCCGGAAAUGUUAUUUUGUGAUUGAACUCGUAAAAUUUACGACGGUCGCGGGCCGAUUACGAUUUUCCCACUAGCCGUCCCAAGUUUUAAGUGCUCAAUUUUGAACCUUAGUUCAAAAAAUUAUCUUCCUUUUCCGGCAGUUCCUUUGUCACAAUGCCCCGGUUCAUGUUCUUUAUUUUUAAAUUUAGAUCUGGUGGAGCCUUUACUAUAUUGUUCCCUUGGUCGUCCUUACAUGGCAUGCCUUGUAUCCCAUAGUAAUCUAUCCUGUUUUUAAGAAAAUGACUCGCGGUGACAAGGACAGGUAA